AUCUGCUUAGGCCGGCCGGGCCUGAUGGCCCAACGCCACAGCAAAGGCCAGCAAGACGGUUAAGUAGCAGACUCGUGAAUCCUCACAGUGUAGCUAUCGUGAAUCCGCAUGAAUUUAUACCGAUAUCGUGCCUCAAUGAUUACAAAAAAAAUGGACUGAUGUACCAAUUUCGUGUGUAACAGCCUACCAAAAGAAUACGCAAAGAACAGCUUGCACUCUACAUUAUGUCUGGGAAAGAGGAUAGCCCUGGAGCCGAGAGUUUCCAUUCGCUCGAGUGCGACACAGAAAGCAGGUCUAACUCAUUGUACAGCGAUGCUGAGACUACAAAACCGGGUCUUUUCCAGGACGACGCGGUCGUCCCGGAGGUCGAUUCAAUGGAGUGUAAAACUGAAGAUGAAGUUACUCAUCAGCCUACUGAAGUCGUGGACGAAAUGACCAUGUUGAGAGCAAGGCUAGAAGCAAUGAGUAGUUAUGCCGACUAUGAGGAAGAAGGCGUUCCUAGUGAUGGCCGGUCCAAGUUUAGGCCAAAAAAAGGUGAUUCUUUCAAUAAUCCCAGCGUUGUCACCACUAAAAGUGAUGAUGGGCGUUACUCGUCCGGAGGCUAUCUUGACUCGUAUUCGAAUCCGCAACCCCGUAGACCACCGCCUGAUCGCAAACGGCAACGCGAGCUCAGCAAGACAAGGGCUCAAGAACGAAAAAAAAGAGAAUUUGGAUUUAGUGAAAGUGACAUGGGUGUGAAUCCACCACAGGUUGAAAUCGAUCCUAAUGAUGUGCCGUUCGAGAUGCAGUUGCCUGAUUUUAGUCAUGGAUAUACGGAGCCGACAAUGCCUAGCGGUUCUGGUGGCAAAUACCUUGAUGACGCGUACCUGAUGGACAGUCGAGGCAGGACCCCGGAAUCGUAUGACAAUCAGUCCGACAUGAGUCGUUCACCGGUCCCUUCAGAGCUUGAACGAGGACUAAAUGAACCUUUAGAAUUCAGUGUUGAAGACUACCACAGCGAUCACUUUGAACGUGUGUCUCGCGAGACGGACGAUAUCAUAAGACAAAUAGCAGCUACUCUGGAUGAUGCUCGUACAACCGUAACGAAUACCGAUGCAAUGCAAGGAGAGGACAUUAAUUUCCCAGAUUUCCGUGACGAUGAAGAUCCAAUAUUGCAGGAAAGAUUUGUCUUAGAAGAAACUGAAAUGGAAUUCUCUCCCAGUCCUGGCUCCGGUUUUACCCAGUUGCGAACCACUACCACUCGACGAAUGUCAUUUGAGCAGACGAGCAUAAUGGGGUUUACUGCUGCAGAAUUAGAGGAUGAGCGGACGCCUAGUCCUGAAACCGAGGCACUGAGAUAUCAAGCAAAGUACGCUGACGUAAAACGCGACUCGACUAUAGAAAAACUGGAAAGCCUUUUAGAGUCAUAUACACCCCAAAAAACGUUUCUUGACGCUGAAACGAUGGAAGAGAUUUCAACAUACGGCCGUGUUCGAAAAAUAAAAAAACAGAGCUCUGAGGAUCAAAGAAUUCUUGAUGAAUUUGAGCGUCACUUCGAUCUGUGUUUUGAUGAUAGUGGAGAAGAGGACGAAUUUGUAUCAAUUAACGAUGCUGAAGAUAUAGCAGAUCGUGCUGCAGGAAGGAUUCCUGAAGACUUCUAUACAGAAAUGCUUCAGCAACAACGGCCCUUUAGCUCCUCGCCAGAGGCUAAUAUCAGGCAAAACUUUGACACUUCAGAGAGACCAGUAGGGAGCUAUUCUAAAGUGCCAGGUUUUGUUACUAACAAUCGGACCCUUGCACCGAAAGCGGACUUGUUUGAUCUUCGAAGAUCACGUGAAGUAAUCGACUUGGUGGAAGCUACAAAAAAUGAUAUGCCCAUUCAUGCGAACCGCAGGAAAUCGUUUUACGAUGAGUUGAGUGACCACAUUGAACCAAGAAGAUCGCUUGAUGGCCAAUGUAAAACACACGCCCUGACGCCCACAGGAGAGGACAUUGUACUCGAGGUUCCGAAGGUGCGGUUACAGACGCAGAAAUCCGACGCGUCGACCGCGGAUAGUGAAAUGCUUUUUGUGCCCGUUGGAGCAGAGAAAGAAAGGUCUCAGUCACCAUCGCGGGAUGAGGGAGUUUGUGCCAGCAGGGGCUUCUUUGAAGAGCUCGACGUUUCCGAACUCGAAGAGAAGGCUAAACAACAGAGAAUUAUUCCUUUUGAAGACUCUCAUAUACGAGUUGGCACAACUCUUGAAGACCUAGCUGAUCGGCCUAAAACACCAAUAAAAGCGUGGAGAGCUGAAUUGAACUUACAAACAGGAGAAAAAAUGUACGAAUCUGAACGAUAUGGUGGGAAAGACAGGAAUCCCAAUUACGGAGAAGCUUUUGGCCGAUUUCCAGUUAGAAAACUUUUUGUAGAACAGCAUUCUACCUAUGAAUCAAUUGAGAGAAGGAGUCGCCGUGAUCCCCCUGUCCGGAGCAAAGGACGUGAUGUUCAAACAUGCGAAGAACGUGCAUUGCAAAAGCAAAAGUUUAUAAAGGCUCCGGCUUCGACAAUGACGUCGGCGUUCAGUGCCCGAGUGCUCGAUAGUGACUCCUAUGGCGAAGAGCCCCUCAGUGUAGGAGCGAAAAUGGCUACUUUCCCUAGAAAAAAUGAAAAACGGAGGAGAAAAACUGGCCCUCCAGACGCUCGCCUGGAUAAAACACUAUUUCGAGAAACGUCUAAGGAUCGUUUCCUCAGAGAGGUUGAUGGGCAAGCUUCAUUGCUUGAAGGUAGUCAGAAACGACUUCGAGACUGGCGUGCAAACUUCCAUCAAUUUCCGCUAAGCUCCGAAAGUACUGAGGUACCCCCUGGUAAUCUUGAGGAACGGUCGCUAAGAAAAGUUCCUAGCUAUGAAACUAUGGAGUUGCCUGACGCGUCUUCAAGUCAACCUACUCCUACGCGUAAAGGAAGUUUUCGAGGGCUACAAUGGUCCACAGAUAAUUUUUUGGAUUCGUACAACAAGUACAAAGGUCAAAUAACAAGGACCCAAUCCAUGGAGAACCCUAAUGAGUGGAGUCAGAGCGGGUACUUCCUUAAGCCGUUUCCUCGAAGGGCGCGAAGCCGACAAAGUGUUCUAAGUACACAGUCUGCUGCGACCGAUUCGCUGAAUAUCAAGACCAUAACUUCCGAGCACUCGGAUUGCAAAGAAGCUGGAACUCAUACGCUGGGCAAGUUGGCUGAUACGACCCUAUUUCAAAAUAACCGUUUAAGCGAUUUACCUCCUGAACCUCCCAAAAGAACAAGAUCGAUUAGUCGUUGUAUUAAUCACCUUGAUCAGAUUGCUGUCGACCAGAAGUUUACCUUUCAACAGAUGAACUAUCUUUCCUCGGAACCGCCCACAGCCCCUCAAAGAAGGUCGCGCUCCGCGAGCGCUCAGCGAAUUCCGCAAGGCUAUUACGAAAAGCUCUAUCCGGUUAUUGACACCAAGCAUCCGGAAACUGUGGGAGAUUCCAAUGGCCAAAUAGGCCAGGUAAGUGCUCACAUCAAAGACGUUGAACCUACAGCGGAAAACGCAGCUAGCCCUGUAACUAUUGGCGCAAAACGGCACUUAGAUGUCUCACAAGAGAUUGAUUCUGUCAGUACGGAAGCAACAGUUGUCACCUCCAAGCCGGAGGAAGGACUCGCGGCAAAGCCGUCUGAGGACAAAGACUAUGAAAGCAUCGUCGUGAAGCUGAGACGCGAUUCCGUUAGAGGCACUGGACAAGCGAAGGCAGAACAGUCUGGUAGCGAACAAUUCACUGCGAAAGGAUCAGGUACAGUCGAAUCUACAAAUAUAUGCGGUGAAGUGUCUGCUUUGAAUAUGUCCGUUGCACGAUCGGACAAUAGAUCAUCCUAUUCCGAUGAAGAAGUCGUGUAUUCUGAUGAAGAAAUAUCUUCCAUGUUCACAGUGACCUUCAAGCCGGGCACUAAAGUAGCCGAAAUCGAGGAGACACCAAUACAGAGUUCAAAAAGCUCAAGUAGACGAAGUUCAAGCUCCGGAAUGGACGAGAGGCAUCGACAAAAGGCACGACACAAUCAAGAAUUGUUGCAGAAAAUAUUACAAGAUACGAAUAUAGAAGAGGAUCAAAAAAAUACAAAAGAUUUCAACGAAACUAAUGCCAACGUGGACCUAGGCGGAAACACUGAAAAUCUGGCACAGGAUAUUGAAUCGACGGGGAAGAAGAGUACGGAUAAAGUGCCUCUAGAUGCUCAGGAUGAUGAUAGCUCAAAAUCUUGGACAAAACAGUCUAGUGACGAACAAGCAAGAAAAAAACAAGAUUACGUUGAAUCAGUAGAGCCAAAAAUUUCACCAAAGGUGAUCCAUAAAUCUGCUCUAGCUCAAAAGCCAGCCGAAAGUAAACCACGAUCGAUUCAAGAUGUAGAAAACACCUACAAAGCUAGCACCGAAAGCCCAAGCUCUGUUAAACGAGAUAAAAUCUACUAUUCCGACGCAGCUGAAACGACAAGCGCUGCAAGUCAUGUUACUGCAAUUGAAAAGCCGAAAAUCGAAGUGAUCAGAAGUAGUUCUGUGGAAAGUGGCUAUGAAAUCGUCGAUACAAGCGGGAACGAAAAGAAGCCGCAGGCCCCACAAAGGCGAGGACGAAGCAGCGCUACUGGAAGCGGUGUGGGCGGUGUCGGCGACCUCAAAAUUAUGUCGCAAGAUAAAUUUGGUCUUGUAAAGCCGACCUAUGACGAUCUGAAUGAAUGGGCAAGGAAAGCGCUGAGCAGCGAUGAUGAAGCGUCCUCAUAUCACGAAGAUCCGCACCUCGAUAGACAUUUUGAUGAGACACUUGAUGCUAUCAAUAGGAUUCUCACAAGAACACCUCGGGAAGAGCUAGAACAACCUGCGGAACCCAUCGAUCGAAAGCCAUCGAUCUCAAAGUUUGAAGAGCUUUCCAAUCUUCGCGAUGUCCUCAGACAAAAACUUGAACAGAGAAAUCUGGCACGCAGCGUAUCGCAAGGCAAGAAACAAGCCACAAGCAUGUCGCAGGAGUUAAAAGAGUCGAUAGAAAAGAUUGAUGAUAGAUCGAACGGAAGAAUCAAUCAUAAAGAAGGUCAAAUUAUAACGGGCGUCUAUCUGGACGGAGUCUUAAAUGCCAUUAAUUCUGGAGACCUGGCUUUGACCCAAUCGGAUGAGGUUUACGAGCCUGUUGAAGAAAAGGAAGAAGAACAGGAUAAAUUUUUUGGAGGAAUCAUUCGCGGAAUCCGAAGAUCUAUGGACCUCAGUUGUCACAGCGAAGGACUCUUCAAAAAACAAGAGUCAAGUGACGGUCAAUCGAAGGGAUUCUUUAGUGAUCUCAUACAAAAAAUCCAAGACAAAUUUGAAGACAUCAGCGGAGAGAUCCGUGAUUUUGACUCUAAAAAGAGGAACAGCUUGGUGAUGCCGAGUAGACAAAUUUCAAGUGACAAAGAUAACGGCACACAUGAAUCCGGGAGAUCGAAAUCGGCCAUGUCAGGUGUGUCUAGUGAGUUGGGUAUAUCCGACCGAGGACGGUCACCUCUGCCAUCGUUUUUAACUCAGCCUCGUAUGAAGAUAGAGUAUACGACUGAUUCCGAGAUGAGCAUGGAUUACGAAACUCGAUACAAGAGACCAGCUCCCAGACGUAGGCGUACACGCGAUCGUAUCUUUGACAGUAGCUCGGACAUUCCUAAUUCAUCAACUAAUGAAGAUUUCGAUUCUUUCUGCCGGUUUGGUAGCCAGCGACGUCGUUCGCAGCCUUCGUUCAUGACAAUGACUGCUCCGAAACCACCUAAGCGCACCAAAAGUACAAGUAACUUGAACGCUUCAUCAUUAAAUGUACCCCCAUUACCACCAAAACGAGUGAAAUCUGAUCAUCUAAUGAUUCCACAAGCGCCCCGUAGGACCAAGUCCAAAGAACGCCUUGCUCAAGAAACGCCACCACCUCUACCGAUGAAAAGCGCUCAUGGAAAAGUUCCUAUUUUUCCACCAGUGGAGAGUGCUACAGCAACCUUGGUCUCCCCAGACCGUUGGCAGAAAGGCCAUCUUGUAGAAAUGAAGCCAUCUAUGGGAAUAUCGUUAGAUCAUAGUGCUCUCGAACAAAUAUCGACAGCACCUUCUGGUAGGCCUACUUUACCGUCUCAAGCCGAUAGAUUAGUAGAAUCCACAAAUAUGCAGCCACUCCCGAUGCACGAUUCUAUAAUACGUCAAGAUGUUCUGGUAUGCCCGAAUUCUGCAACGGAUACAGUACCACAAGGACCAAAAUCCUGGGAAGAGUCCCUUAUGUCUACAGGUUCAGAGCAACCUAAUAAGGACACACUUAGAAUGUGCACAACGGAUCCGGGCUUACAAUUCCAGGACGCCGUCUCUGAUCUGCCGUGGGCACCUAAGACAUCAUCACCUUCGCUUUCUGAAAGUCUAUCUCCAGUGCAAACCUCUGUAGAUAAUGUUGCUAAACAACUAAAUGAAGAUACUGGUAAGUCCAUGACCCCUCGCCGCAGAAAACGUGACGUACAUGAAGAGGAUGACAUAUUCUAUAAUGCGUCAGACGUUGAGCCUCAAAAAAAUGGAAAAACUAUUCCCAGUACUAGAUCUAAUUCGUUUUAUGAAACCGAUGUGCCUGCUCAACCGGCCUUUGACUCAACCGCCCUAGGACAAAAAGAGCAAUCUGUCACUAUUAAAAGUCAGCAAGGUAAAGUGCAACCAGACAUGGCCGAUUCUUUAGCAAUAGAAAUUGCUAAAUCUACAGAAAACAGUCUGGCCCAGGAAACAAAAAUCGAUGUGGUCGCACGUAGCUUCGGAAAACUGGAUGCAUCUGUUUCAAAACCUGCAACAUCCUCUUCAAAAGUAAAUUCUUUUUCUGUAAUAAAAGAUGCUCAAGAUGAGAGAAUGAGCUUGUUUCCUGAUACAGCGGUUAAUGAAAAAAUGGGAGUUACUGGUGUGUACGCUCCUGGUAUGGGGUUACCAUUUGCCGGCCCUAAUGAAAGGCAACUUGGCCAAAGAGACCGAAGCGGAAAGGCUGGCACCACUGCGUAUGGACAAGAACAAUAUGGACUGACCGGUGAGGCAAAACCGGAUAGUGUAUAUAUGCCGGACAUACUUCUGCCAGGGCCAGAGUUUGACGGUCUCGUUCAGGGAAAUGAACUGGCAGCUAUGGAGGGAGAAAUGCUUAAAACUGAGUACGGUUCGCAGGAGUCUCAAGGGUUAGUAAAAAAUAAAGGCUCAAUAAGACCUUCUUUAUAUCCAGUGGGCAUGGGCCCUCAAGGAGCCUACAUAGACUCUAAAACUGGCAAAGUGGUGCAUACAAUUGCGCCACCUCCAGGAUCCUCAGGACAUGAACCAGGUAAGCACGAAUCCCUUUCCCUCAGACCCGGAGCAGUCGACCGAAACAAACCUCCAGUAACUGAGGAGGCAAUAGGACAGGCAACUAAUUUCGCAGGCAUGGGACCUCAAGGGAUGUUUUUAGACAAGGAAACUGGUAAAAUGAUAUAUACAGGUAGUGGUCCGCUUACAGAAAAAAUAGUGAAGGAUUACCAACAGCAAGGCUGUCCUAACGUUUCACCGAACGCUGGCCAAGGUAUCCUUGAGUUAAAUAACAUACAAGAUCGCUUUGAUGCGUUGAUGGUAAGCGAGACCAUAGCUACCGAACAGCCUACACAACACGCGAUAUACAGUAAGGCAAAUAAAGUCAAUAAAUACCAGGUCCCAGAGCCCCCAGCUAAAGUCGUCAAAGCACAACGUAAAAAGAAAGAUUCUAAACAAAAUGAUUUUUUGAAUGCACCAAAGAUAUCCGUGUCUUGUGGUGACUUGUCGGACGGCGGUGGCGAAAAAAAUCUUUUAUCAAGGCUAAUCCCAAUUCGUACAAAGAAAAGGAUGAAGCCACAGUUUAUGAAGAUCGAUCCAGAGCAACUGGCACGUCUACCGACAAUGCGGCCUGCGACUCCUGAGCGUGCGUCAUCUACAAACAAAAACUUCUUGACAGUCGAUGAUCCAAACGCACUAACUCCAGGUUCAGAACAACAAGGAGAAACAUUCACUAAACGACUUAUUCGGCGAGGCUCGCACGCCCUGAUGGGUCUGACGGGUUCGUUUAGGCGGCACCGUUCUUCUAGCUACAUAGAAGGCACUGUACCCGUUGACUCCCCGUACCAGACAACUGUGAUCGACACUACGGAUGGUACCGCUUUAGAUGUCAAGAAUCCUAACACACAAACACUAGGAUCAAGUUCAUCUAUUCUUCGAUGUCCUGAAAGUACCAGUAGAGGUAGAAGUGCUGAGCCCGUCGCUAUUGGAACUGAGAAAUCAGCUAAAGUCCUUCAAUUCAUCUCUAGUCCAGUCCACGGCCGUACGCUAAAAUCAGAAACUAAACCGGUUAACGCAGAAACUGAUCCGUUUUACCUUGAAGAGCCAGCGAAGCCGAUAGUUAUCGAUAUAACGCCAUCUCGGCAAGAUAUCCAGUUUCCGGUGCACGGACGCAAGCUCAAGCUUGCCACUGAGGGCAUUCCGCAACCAAUUCGGCCGACUGAAGAAAGUUAUCUCUACUCGCAGUACACAGAUGGCGAAGAAGGAGUACGAAAUAGGAUGCCUGAUAUCGACCCGCGUACACAAGUAAUAGGUCUCGGACGAGGUGACGAGAAGCGCGGUAGCAUCGACGAUGAGUUCGAGCGAGACAUUUUCAUCCCCAAAGAGCCUAAAUUACCCAUAUCGCUGACAAAGAUGCUUAAGGGCGCUUUUACAGGGAAGGGCUUGCCAUGGAGCACUCAACUGGGCGGCCGUGAGUGGGCGCGUAAACGGCAAAACCGUAUGGAUCUACACUCCGGAGCCAACUCGCUGCUCGGUACUAUCCAGGUAGCCGCGGCAGGUGUUGAGUCGCGGCAUAUCUUUGCUGAGGAGGCUCGUUUGCGUAAAGCAGAAGAGAAUGCUCAAAAGCCAGAAAAGAUGGGCAAAACGAUUAGCUUGGCCGACCUCAUGGAUAUUCGACAAUCGCUCCGCAACGAGGAGCUUGCCCGUAUGGUCGCAGGAGCCCCACCAGACGCAGUUCUAGCUCAUGUGAAAGCAUCGCCAUACGUCGAUAGUAUGACCACGGAAACGCUAAAAAAACUUUUGGUGCCUGAUUUCACAAAGAUUCGUGAAUGUUUGGAGGAGCGUUUCCGAAAGAAGAUUCCCAAGGAGAGCAUCGAGAAACAGUAUCAACCGUUUAGGUUUGAUCGCGGAGUCGCUCUUCCCCAGGAAGAAAUGACCUACGUGCGUACGGGUCCCCUUCGAAUGAACUCUGUCCGAAACCAGAUUGAGCCGUCGGACCUUACAGAUCCGAUAGUUCAAGCCCUCUACGGCGGCUCGACUUACGGAGCAACUCCGUCCAAGCCCCCGGAAAGGCUAGAAGAGGCUGAAUGCAAACCGCUGACUCUUACACUCCCAGAUUCAUUAUCAGCAGUAAAAAGGUUUGAUAUUCUAGCACCGGCAACUCCUGACUCUGGCCGUAAUGCUCACGAAGUGAUUCGCGAGGCGGCAGAACUCGCAGCUCAACCGCCACCGACGCCUAAGAUCCCGCCUUUAACUUUGCCUGUCGAAGCCUGUCGACCCCCACCAAUGGCCCCCGUGAAUGCCGCAGAGUAUCCCGUCACAGGGGUGUACCGGUAUAUACAGCCGAAAGCACAAACUGUCGAGGUUCCCGAACCCGACAUUAACCUGUGUAAUCGCCGCUCAUCGCUGAUUCUAGUCAACGCAAAAGACCUAGAUUUAAAACCACCACAACGUCUCAACGAGCUCACCAGUGUUAAUGUUGAUAUUAAGCGUUUAAGGCAAAAACUGCCGGCCUACAAGAAUUUCGUGGCUGCUGAAGUGUGAGAUAUAGAAGAAACUUACAUACUAUCGAGCAAUUGAACUGGAAGCCAGACAAUGCACGAUUUUCCCCAAGGGUGAAAAAGCCAGUCUUGAUUGAGCUCCUGAAUACAAAAGGAGAUCGGCAGUCGGUCAAUGGCAAUGUUUUGAUGGAGCCAAGAUCCCGCCGUUUAGUUGAAUCCUUCGACCUCUGUAUAAACCAACAUUUCUACUUUUGUAUAUUUCACGGAUCAUAAAAUAAAUCGAACCCAUCUUACAUAAUAUGUCA